GCUGGGUUGAGAGGGGAUUGUGAAAGUGAGAAAUUUAACAAGGUAACCAGGAAACGGGACAGCAGGGCAUCGAAUCCGAUGGAGUUUCGGCAGACGUGAGCUUGCUUGACGGAAAGAGAAGGCUUUUGUUGCGCGGUGCCAUCAGGCGGAGGUUUGCUGAAGCUGUCAGCGGAAGGGAGCUCCGGCGUUCAGCGUCCUGUCAGCACGGCAUAGGUAAGGAGGGCCAUCAGUGGACGGUACAAUGAGAGAAGAAGUAUCCUGUACCAACUCCCCUGAAGGAGGGCUAGGGGCCAGCGAAGAGGAGCUGGAGAGGGGAUCGAAGAAGAACCUGCAGGGACGAAAGCGUUCGCCGUAUCCCAAGAAGGACAGUCUCAAUCAGGCGGAGGAGAGCAGCACCGGCAGCCCCACCAGCCUGCUGCCCACCGGACCAAAACGGGUAAAGAAGAGCCCAACAACAGUUGUGUCGUUGGCCCCCACGUCUCUAGGCCCCAGGACGGAGCCACCUUUCGAGGAGCUUCACUCUCAGCGAGUCAUCGCCAACGUGCGAGAGCGCCAACGCACCCAGUCCCUGAACGACGCGUUCGCCUCGCUCCGCAAGAUCAUCCCAACGCUACCGUCAGACAAGCUGAGCAAGAUCCAGAUCCUGAAGCUGGCCUCGCGCUACAUUGACUUCCUCUACCAGGUGCUGCAGAGCGACGAGAUGGACGCCAAGUUGGCGAGCUGCAACUACCUGGCCCAUGAAAGACUCAGCUACGCCUUCUCCGUCUGGAGGAUGGAGGGGGCCUGGGCCAUGUCUACCAGCCACUAGCCGUUGAACUUCUUUCACACACUUCCUCUCGUGUCCACAUCUCAGCCCCCUCCCAUACCCACCCGUGUCUGUCUUUGCACCCGUUUCUUGACCUCUGAACCUUUGAAUUCCUUGCUCACGGUCUGAUUUUAACCUUUUCAUCUGAAACCUUUGCGUACAUCUGUUGCUCUCUUUGCCGGUUUACCCCCCCCCCCCCCCCCCCUCUCUGCAAGGACGUUCGUCUUUCCACCUUUCUCCACUGUCUGUCUCACAGCUCCGUCCAGUGCGACAAGUCGCUCCACUGCAGCCCCUCAGAAAAUCUAAAAAUGGAAAGUUUUCUACACAUCGAAGAAAUUAUCUCCCGCCCGCCUCGACCAGAUAUCUCCUGUCUUCUUUUUCCCCUUCAAGGCUCACAGAAACGCUGUAAUCUUUUUUUUUUUUUUUUUUUUUCUCCGGACAUGUGCUCGACAGAGUUUCUGAAACUGAACUUUUCUUGAACAAUGAAAGACUGAAAAAAAAAAAGAAAGAGAGAACAAACAAGACAGCUGGCCUGCGGUGACAAUGAAACAAAAUGGCUGCUGGUCGGAGCGCCUUCGCUCACGCCGCGAUUACCACCUGACUCCUCUCGCUGGGUGACUCACGAUGAUGGCACAGCGAUGGUUCUGGAGGGCGGUCACAGCCAAUGAAUGUUUACAGCUAAAAUGCUAAUAAGCUAAUCGCUCUGGCUCCGGAGGCCUCCGUCUCUGUGGGGGGAGGAACAGCGCGGGGAAUCUGACGCAGAUCUUCGUCUUUUGUUGCGCUGUAGGAACUGGAGGGCUCCCGAUGUGUUCCGCUGGUGAAUCUUGGAAGAUGCACACUGUAUUACUUAAAGUCUGCUCAUGUAUUACACUCAGCAAGAAUUGAAAGACGCCUUAAGAACUGGUCACAGUCUGCUUAUUUACUCAUCCGCUCAGAUUGCUUCUUUUAUAAAGUCUGAUUUAAGUGGGUCUUAUUUUUUUUCACCCUGAUGCUUUAAAAAAUCUUAUUAAACGCAAUCAGAAAAAAAAAAAUGCUGAAGUUUUUUUUUUUGUCUGAAAGUGGCGAUGAAGUGGUUUUAACCACAGCUGAUGUAACCAUUUAAAGUCAUUUGCUGUUUGAUCAUCAUGUCUCUUUUAUUUUUGUUGUUGCAGUUUUUAAAAUCUGCCUGUGAUGGUUUUUCUUGUGUCAUCU